GGGACUCGCGGCGGAGCUGUUGCGCCUGCGCAGUCAGUGCCUCAGCAUGUGUGGCGAAUAAAUUUGGACACUCCAGAGGAAGCCCAUCAGAACCUCUCUUUCAGUGCUGCUGAUCGCUGGUGGGAGCAAACAGAUCUGACCAAACUUAUCUUAGCCUCAAACAAACUGCAGUGUCUUUCAGAGGAUGUCAGACUUCUUCCUGCUCUCACUGUGCUGGAUAUACAUGAUAAUCAGCUGACAGCUCUUCCUUCUGCUAUAGGAAUUUUGGAAAAUCUGCAGAAACUGGAUGUUAGCCAUAACAAGCUGAAAAAUAUACCAGAGGAAUUGACACAGUUGAGGCACUUGAAGAGCCUUCUUGUACAACACAAUGAGUUAAGUCAUUUACCUGAUGGAUUUGGACAGCUUGUCAGUUUGGAAGAGCUAAAUCUUUCCAACAACCAUCUUGCAACUAUUCCAACCAGUUUUGCUUCCCUAACUAACUUGAUACGACUCAGCGUGGCCCAGAAUCAGCUAAGGAGUCUGCCAGCAGAAAUCUGCUCAAUGAAAAGCUUAAAACAACUGGAUUGCACUAAAAACUUCUUAGAGACUAUACCUCCUGAAUUGGCCAGCAUGGCAUCUUUAGAACAGCUUUACUUAAGAAAAAAUAAAUUGCAUUUCUUACCAGAAUUCCCAUCAUGCAGAUUACUAAAGGAGUUACAUGUUGGAGAAAAUCAGAUUGAAGUGUUAAACACAGAGCACCUUAAGCAUUUGAAUUCUCUCUGUGUGUUGGAGCUUAGAGAUAACAAGCUUAAAUCGCUUCCUGAUGAAAUUACUUUGCUUCAAAAGUUGGAGCGACUUGACCUAGCUAACAAUGAUAUUAGUAGAUUGCCUUAUGCACUGGGGAACCUUCCUCACUUGAAAUUCCUCGCACUAGAGGGAAAUCCUUUGAGAGCUAUUCGAAGAGACAUUUUACAGGCAAGUACACUUAAAAACAGAUGCAGCUUGAUAUAUUUAUAUUAUAAACACAACCUUCCCACGUUAAAAGAUGCUAUUACUUUUUCAAAGUCAAAUACUCCAAAGUUAGAAAAUGCCAGAGUUAAAGAAGCCUAUACAACCUCAGUUUAG